ACUUGUGCUCAGUCCAGUGCAAAGCACGACCGAGGCUGAGUUUUCACUUGUGUCUACUUGUUGACGUGGCAUCCCCAUGGCAGGCAAACUAACUGUUGUAGAGGGCAUGGCUGUGGCUGAAGUUAUUGCUGCAAACUGGGAGCAAAUCUACAACUUCCAAGCAAGACCUGGGGACAUCUUGAUAGACACUUACCCAAAAUCUGGGACCACUUGGAUGCAGGAGACGGUGGAUCUGAUCCUACAUGACGGUGAUGAGCAGAUAUGCAUGAGAGCACCAGUAUAUGACAGAAUUCCCUUCAUUGAACUCCUUCAUCUGAUGAAGCCAGGGAUUGAAGAGGUGAAUGCCAGGCCAUCACCACGAGUACUGAAGAGCCAUCUGCCCUACCAGCUGGUUCCACCAUCAUUCUGGAAACACAACUGCAAGGUCAUUUAUGUGGCGCGCAAUGCCAGAGAUACUCUGACUUCCUUCUACCACUUUGACCAUCUUGUGCAGUUCCACCCAGAUCCAGGACUGUUUGAGGACUACGUGCAGAGGUUUAUGAAGGGAGACGUGGGCUGGGGCUCCUGGUAUGAUCACGUGAAAGGUUUUUGGGCAGCGAAAGACAAACACAACAUCUUAUAUGUUUUUUUUGAAGAUCUCAAAAAGAACCCCUCACAGGAGAUUCGGAAAGUGGCAAAGUUUCUAGGUAAAGAACUGUCAGAAGAUUUAGUAACCAAAAUUGUGAAACUCAGCUCCUUUGAACACAUGAAGAAUAACCCCAUGGCCAAUUAUUCUGAAUUCCCUAAGGAACUUCUUGACCAAUCGGAGAAAGGCUUCAUGAGAAAAGGUAAAGUUGGAGAUUGGAAGACAUCGUUCACCACUGAACAGAACAAGAGCUUUCAAUUAGAUUAUGAACGUCAGAUGAGUGACACCACUCUGAAAUUCCCAGAUCUGAAGUGAAGAAUGUAUAUGGAUGCUGCUAGCAAUUAGGAUGAGUCCCUGUUUUGGGCCUGGACAUCGGUUACCUUCAAUGCCCCCUCACUUCAGUUUAGUUAAUAAAGUCCUAUGUUCUUUCAUAUUACACCAUGGAAAUAAAACAUAGGUAUGGUUUUAAGAA